CCGCUGACACCCGGUAGCGCGAACACCCGACGCCGCUCGCGACGGGCGCGCGGACGGCAGGUCUCCGAGGGACGCGGCUCUUGGGGACGCCGGCGCGACUGGCCAGAAGAGGGAAGGAAACAGGAAACAUUAAAACUGGAUUUUGAAAUCAUUACAAAUCUAUAAUGGAUCAGAGUUGCAGAAUGUAAUCCUGAAUAAAAGUCUUCAAAAUUUUCGCUUAAAAUAACAGCUGAAGGAAAAUUUAUCUACCACCCUAAAAUCCUGGUCUAGACAAAUUUAUUUAUAAUAGAAAGUCAUAACUGGGAAGGUGUAAUGACUUUCAACACACCUCAAUGAAAGAAAUAGUAAUUUUGUUUCUCAAAAGGAUCUGUUGCAUCUGAGAUUAUUUUAAUGAUCACUUUGUAAAAAUCUUGACAUGAUCACCAGGGAAGAAAGACAGAGCAAUCACUGAAACCUGGGAGUUGGUCAAGAUGACUUCUGAAGAAAUGGCAGCUUCUGUUCUCACACCUGUGAGUCAGAGAAAAGUGGAUGUGUCUGCUCAGUCAGCUGCAGGUGAAAGUCGUGAAAAAGUUUCAGAAAUCACUAUUCCAAAGGCACAUACUGUCAGCCAGAGUGGGAAAACUUCUCAUACCAUCUCUCAACUGAGCAAAUGUAAAGGAGAAUCUUCUGGAAGCAAUUUGCCCAAGGUUCUCACAAUAGUAAAGGAAAACAUAGUAAGUGAUGAGAACAGUAAUGAAAAGUGCUGGGAGAAAAGCAUGCCAGAUCCUGUGAAAAACCUUAACAUUAACUGCAACAGCACAUUGAGAAACCAUCAGCCUGGCUGUCUUCAGAGCCAGUUUUACAGAACAUGUGACUCUGUCACAGAGGAAGGCCCUUGUUUGGAAACUGGAAUUCCUUCUCCACUGGAAAAAAGGGUGUUCCCUGGAAUUCAACUGGAAAUAGAUGGAUCUCCCAUGGACAUUAGUCCUUUAGGAAGUCAAUCAGCCAUCGUAGACACCAGCAGCACACAUCCUGACAGUAAUGUGGCAGUAUUUCAUUUUCAUUAUCAAGUUGACAGAAGAACAUCAGACACUUUCUGUACCCUAUCGGAAAACUUAAUUUUGGAUGAUUGUGGAAAUUGUGUACAGCUUCCUGGCAUUGAGGGGGAGCCAAAGGAAACUUACUUGGCAUACACUUGUAGACUGAUGGAAUUGGCAACAAACUGUGAUAAUGAGAAUGGGCAGCUACAGUGUGACCAUUGUGACUCGUUGAAUGAUCAGUACUUGUGCUUCGAAGGCUCCUGCCAGAAUGUUGACAUGGUAUGUUCAAGUGAUAGCUUUUGCAGGGAGGAUUUUUCUGACAGUCCACCUGCCAAGACCUUUUUGAGCCAUUUUGAGGAUUUCCCUGAUAACUGUGAAGAUGUAGAAGAGGAUUUUUUAAAAAGCAAAAAGGAACGGUCCACUUUGUUAGUCAGGAGAUUUUGUAAAAAUGACAGGGAAGUUAAGAAAUCUGUGUAUACUGGCACAAGAGCAAUCAUGAGAACUCUGCCUUCUGGCCACAUUGGGCUGGUUGCUUGGAGUUACAUUGAUCAGAAGAGAAAUGGCCUCUUCCUGCCUGGUAAAGUGAUGGAGCCUAGGCAAGGCAGGAGCCAACAUCUGUCAGAAGCCCCAUGGUAUCUGAUCUACAACACAGUGAAAAGGGGAGAAGAAACAGAAAAUACCAUUGGGUCUCUUCUUCAUUUCUUCACAAAGCUCCCAGCCUCUGAGACAGCCCAUGGGAGGAUUAGUGUUGGUCCAUGCUUGAAGCAAUGUGUCCCAGAUAUCGUUUGUGAGUUUCGUGCCACCCUCCAAAGGACUUCCCUAUCUCAGUACAUCACCGGUUCUCUCCUAGAAGCGACCACAUCUUUAGGAGCGAGAAGUGGCCUUCUCAGUUCUUUUGGAGGAUCCACUGGACGAAUCAUGCUGAAAGAACGUCAGCCAGGCACCUCUAUGGCCAGUUCCAACGCCCUCCCUUCAAGUUCAGCUGGGAUCAGCAAGGAGCUCAUUGAUCUGCAGCCCCUCAUUCAGUUCCCAGAGGAAGUGGCCAGCAUCCUGACAGAGCAGGAGCAGAACAUUUACCGGAGGGUCUUACCGGUUGACUACCUUUGUUUCUUAACCCGGGACUUGGGCACUCCAGAAUGCCAGAGAUCUCUGCCCAGCCUCAAAGCAUCCAUCUCGGCCUCAGUUCUUACCUCCCAGAAUGGAGAGCACAAUGCACUUGAAGAUCUUGUGAUGAGAUUCAAUGAGGUGAGCUCCUGGGUGACGUGGCUGAUCCUCACCGCGGGCUCCAUGGAGGAGAAGCGGGAAGUCUUCUCAUAUCUGGUGCACGUGGCCAAGUGCUGUUGGAACAUGGGCAACUACAACGCGGUCAUGGAGUUCCUGGCUGGCCUCAGGUCAAGAAAAGUUUUAAAAAUGUGGCAGUUUAUGGACCAGUCGGACAUCGAGACCAUGAGGAGCCUGAAGGAUGCCAUGGCUCAGCACGAGUCUUCCUGCGAGUACAGAAAGGUGGUGACCCGGGCCUUGCACAUCCCUGGCUGCAAGGUGGUCCCGUUCUGCGGGGUGUUUCUGAAGGAGCUCUGUGAAGUCCUGGAUGGAGCCUCGGGCCUCAUGAAGCUUUGCCCGCGGUACAAUUCCCAAGAAGAGACUUUAGAGUUUGUAGCAGAUUACAGUGGACAAGAUAAUUUCUUACAACGAGUGGGACAGAAUGGCUUAAAGAAUUCAGAGAAAGAGUCGACUGUCAACAGCAUCUUUCAGGUCAUCAGGAGCUGCAGUCGGAGUCUGGAGACCGAGGAGGAGGACAGUUCCAGUGAAGGGAACAGCUCCAGGAAAAAUUCCUUAAAAGACAAAACCCGAUUGCAGUUUAUAAUCGGAGAUUUGCUGGAUUCAGAAAAUGACAUCUUUGAGCAGUCCAAAGAAUGCGACUCUCAUGGAGCAGAUGAACCACAGAAGGCCUUCAACCAUGGGACGGAGCUCAUCCCUUGGUACGUGCUGUCCAUCCCAGCUGACGUGCACCAGUUCCUGCUACAGGGGGCCACAGUCAUCCACUACGACCAGGACACGCACCUCUCAGCCCGCUGCUUCCUUCAGCUUCAGCCUGACAAUAGCACUUUGACCUGGAUAAAGCCCACCACUGCCUCCCCAGCCAGCACUAAAGCAAAGCUCAGUGUGCUUAGCAACACAGCUGAGCCUGGCAAAUUCCCACUACUGGGCAAUGCUGGACUGAGCAGCCUGGUGGAGGGGGUCUUGGAUCUGUUUUCAGUGAAGGCUGUGUACAUGGGACACCCUGGCAUCGAUAUACACACUGUGUGUGUUCAGAACAAACUGGGUACCAUGUUUCUGUCAGAAACUGGUGUGACGUUACUCUAUGGGCUUCAGACCACGGACAAUAGGUUAUUGCACUUUGUGGCACCGAAGCACACGGCUAAAAUGCUCUUCAGUGGAUUGUUGGAACUCACUAGAGCCGUGAGAAAGAUGAAGAGGUUCCCUGACCAAAGACAGCAGUGGCUGCGGAAACAGUACGUCAGCCUCUAUCAGGAGGAAGGGCGGUAUGAAGGCCCCACCUUGGCUCACGCCGUGGAGUUGUUUGGUGGCAGACGAUGGAGCACCCGCAACCCCAGCCCUGGGACCUCAGCAAAGAGUGCCGAGAAGCCCAACAUGCAGAGAAACAACACCCUGGGCAUAAGCACUGCCAAGAAAAAGAAGAAAAUCCUCAUGAGGGGUGAGAGUGGAGAGGCGACUGACGACGAGAUGGCCACCCGAAAGGCCAAAAUGUACAAAGAGUGUCGAAGCCGGAGCGGUUCUGACCCUCAAGAUGUUAAUGAACAAGAAGAAGCAGAUGCCAUCGCUAGCCCUCCAAACCCUCUCCCUUCCAGAAGAGCCCACUCUUUGACCACGGCUGGGUCCCCCAGCUUGGCUGCUGGAACGUCAUCUCCCAUCAGGCCAGUGUCCUCCCCUGUGCUGUCUUCUUCAAACAAGAGCCCGUCCAGUGCUUGGAGCAGCAGCAGCUGGCACGGGCGGAUCAAAGGAGGAAUGAAGGGAUUCCAGAGCUUCAUGGUCUCAGACAGUAACAUGAGCUUCGUUGAGUUCGUCGAGCUGUUCAAAUCAUUCAGCGUCAGGAGCCGCAAGGACCUGAAGGAUCUCUUUGACAUCUACGCGGUACCCUGCAACCGAUCUGGCUCCGAGUCUACCCCACUCUACACCAAUCUGACAAUUGACGAAAACACCAGUGAUCUUCAGCCUGACCUCGACUUGUUGACCAGAAAUGUCUCGGACUUGGGGUUGUUCAUUAAGAGUAAACAGCAGCUCUCAGACAACCAGAGGCAGAUAUCAGAUGCCAUUGCUGCUGCAAGUAUCGUGACAAAUGGCACUGGAAUCGAGAGCACAUCUCUGGGCAUAUUUGGGGUUGGCAUCCUCCAGCUCAAUGACUUCCUAGUGAAUUGCCAAGGAGAACACUGCUCUUACGACGAAAUCCUCAGCAUCAUCCAGAAGUUCGAGCCUAGUAUCAGCAUGUGUCAUCAGGGCCUAAUGUCAUUUGAAGGAUUUGCAAGAUUUCUGAUGGAUAAAGAUAAUUUUGCCUCAAAAAAUGAUGAGUCACAGGAGAACAUUAAAGAAUUACAGCUACCCCUCUCCUACUAUUACAUUGAAUCUUCACACAACACCUACCUCACGGGCCAUCAGCUUAAAGGAGAAUCUUCAGUAGAACUCUACAGCCAGGUCCUCUUACAAGGCUGUAGGAGUGUGGAGUUGGACUGCUGGGAUGGAGAUGAUGGAAUGCCUAUCAUUUAUCAUGGACAUACACUGACCACCAAGAUCCCCUUCAAGGAAGUGGUUGAAGCCAUUGAUCGAAGCGCCUUCAUCAACUCUGACCUCCCGAUCAUCAUAUCUAUUGAGAAUCACUGUUCAUUGCCUCAGCAACGAAAAAUGGCAGAAAUCUUCAAGACUGUGUUUGGAGAAAAGCUGGUGGCUAAAUUCUUAUUUGAGACUGAUUUCUCCGAUGAUCCAAUGCUUCCCUCACCUGACCAACUUAGGAGGAAAGUGCUUCUUAAAAACAAGAAGCUAAAAGCCCAUCAGACACCAGUGGAUAUCUUAAAGCAAAAGGCUCACCAGUUAGCAUCCAUGCAAGCACAGGCAUAUAAUGGUGGGAAUGCCAACCCCCCACCCGCUGGGAACGAGGAAGAGGAAGAUGAGGAGGAUGAAUAUGAUUAUGACUAUGAAUCUCUCUCUGACGACAACAUCCUGGAAGACAGGCCUGAAAACAAAGCCUGUAAUGACAAGCUUCAGUUUGAGUAUAACGAAGAAAUCCCCAAGAGGAUAAAGAAAGCGGAUAACUCUGCUGGCAACAAAGGGAAGGUUUAUGACAUGGAACUAGGAGAAGAAUUUUAUCUUCCUCAGAAUAAAAAGGAAAGCAGACAGAUUGCACCAGAGCUUUCUGACCUUGUCAUCUAUUGCCAAGCAGUAAAAUUCCCAGGCCUGUCAACUCUAAAUGCAUCUGGCUCUAGCAGAGGAAAAGAAAGGAAAAGCAGGAAGUCCAUUUUUGGCAACAAUCCGGGCAGAAUGAGCCCAGGGGAGACAGCAUUCAACAAAACAUCUGGAAAAAGUUCCUGUGAAGGAAUUCGACAGACCUGGGAAGAAUCUCCUCUCAACCCAACCACGUCCCUCAGCGCUAUCAUUCGCACUCCCAAAUGUUACCAUAUCUCCUCGCUGAAUGAAAAUGCCGCCAAACGUCUGUGUCGCAGGUAUUCCCAGAAACUGAUCCAGCACACCGCCUGUCAGCUGCUGAGGACUUACCCGGCUGCCACCCGCAUCGACUCGUCCAACCCCAACCCCCUCAUGUUCUGGCUCCACGGGAUCCAGCUCGUCGCGCUCAACUACCAGACCGACGAUCUUCCUUUACAUUUAAAUGCUGCAAUGUUUGAGGCGAAUGGUGGCUGUGGUUAUGUUUUGAAACCCCCGGUUCUGUGGGACAAAAACUGUCCCAUGUAUCAGAAGUUUUCUCCACUGGAAAGAGAGCUAGACAACAUGGAGCCUGCCAUCUAUUCUUUAACUAUCGUCUCUGGUCAGAACGUGUGCCCGAGUAACAGCACGGGCAGCCCAUGCAUUGAGAUCGACGUCCUGGGCAUGCCCCUGGACAGCUGCCACUUCCGCACAAAGCCCAUCCAUCGAAACACCUUGAACCCCAUGUGGAACGAGCAGUUUCUGUUCCGGGUUCACUUUGAAGAUCUCGUAUUCCUUCGUUUUGCAGUUGUGGAAAACAACAGCUCAGCGGUAACUGCUCAGAGAAUCAUUCCGCUCAAGGCUUUAAAACGAGGAUAUCGACACCUUCAGCUGCGAAACCUCCACAAUGAAGUCUUGGAGAUCUCUAGUUUAUUUAUAAACAGCAGGAGGAUGGAAGAGGCUGCUGCUGGCAGUACCGUGCCGGCUUCUUUGAUGUUUAAUACAGAAGAGAGAAAAUGUUUGCAGACUCACAGAGUCACAGUGCAUGGGGCCCCAGGCCCAGAGCCCUUCACUGUUUUCACUAUAAAUGGAGGCACCAAGGCAAAGCAGCUUCUCCAACAAAUCCUGCUGACUGAACAGGACCCCAAACCUAUCACCACUGACUAUUUUUUGAUGGAAGAAAAAUAUUUUAUUUCUAAAGAAAAGAAUGAAUGCAGGAAACAACCGUUCCAGAGAGCCAUUGGUCCAGAAGAAGAAAUCCUACAGAUAUUAAGCAGCUGGUUUCCAGAAGAGGGUUAUGUGGGCAGGAUUGUUCUGAAAACCCAGCAGGAAACCCUAGAAGAGAAAAUCAUUGUGCAAGAUGACAAAGAGGUGAUCUUGAGCUCAGAGGAGGAGAGCUUCUUUGUCCAGGUACACGAUGUUUCUCCAGAGCAACCUCGCACCGUCAUCAAAGCACCCCGCAUGAGCACUGCCCAGGACGUCAUUCAGCAGACCUUAUGCAAAGCCAAGUACUCCUACAGCAUCCUCAGCAACCCCAACCCCAGCGACUACGUGCUCCUGGAGGAGGUGGUGAAGGACACUGCCAACAAGAAGUCUUCCAUCCCCAAGUCCUCCCAGCGGGUCCUUCUGGAUCAGGAAUGUGUGUUUCAAGCCCAAAGCAAGUGGAAAGGUGCAGGGAAAUUCAUCCUUAAGCUAAAGGAGCAGGUGCAGGCAUCCCGGGAAGAUAAAAGAAAAGGCAUUUCUUUUGCAAGUGAACUCAAGAAGCUCACCAAAUCAACCAGACAGCCCCGAGGACUCACAUCGCCAACUCAGCUUGUGGCCUUCGAAGGUGUCCAAAACAAGGAGGAGAAACCUGUAAGUGGCUUGUCCUCCAGUGACACCAUGGACUAUCGACAGUGACCAACAGCAGCACGUUCCACCCAGACUUAAACUGGAAAUUGAUGAUUUCUGAAAUGAAGCCUUCUUCACACCUGUGAGGUCCACGCUGAGGACAAGCAAAAUGGUACUGGGCUUGUGGCCACCAACCAACUUACUGAUGAAGAAAAGCAGCCCAAGGAAUUGUCACUCACAAAUGUUUUCAGUUGGGAAAAAGACAUCUCUAGGCUUGUAGUACAGGACGGAGAACGAAGGUCAGCAACUAUGUAAAAGGCCAGAUAGUGAAUCUGUUAGGGUUGGAGGCCAUACGGUCUCGGUGGUCAACUACUUAACUCUGCCGUUGUAGGGCAAAGGCAGCAUAGACAGUACAAACACGGAUGAACAUGUAUGUAUUCCAAUAAAACUUUAUUUAUGGACACUGAAA